ACACCCCGGAAACCUCCCACCUCGAUCCCGACUACAUAACGGAACCGACUGAGAGGACAACAACGCAUUUCGUCGAGUUUCCAUCUAAGAAACAGCUAAAGCGUCGCUUCACGGGCCACGAUGGGGAGGUUGUGUGAGAUUGCGCGUGUGUCCCUCCUUGUUGUGUUUCUCCUGAACACUGAAUCGACAUGGGCCAAAAGAGGCAGCAGCAGCAGUGGCAAGAAAACCUCAUCUACCAACAGCAGGGGCAGCUCGACAAAUUCAAAACCCAGCCCUCAGAGUCCCAAUCGAAACAGCAAUCCAUACCCUGCUGGUGGAAGUUACCCUUAUCCAGGAGCUGGCAACUCCAAACCAGGAGGAUAUCCCAGACAAAACCCACCAAGUUAUCCAGGAGCCGGUAGUAAUCCCAACAAUAAUCCUGCUAGAGCCAAUCCUGCAGGUUAUCCAAACCAAAACCCUGCUGGAGGCUAUCCUGCUGGAGGCGGAUACCCGGCCGCUGGAGGCUAUCCUGCUGGAGGCGGAUACCCGGCCGCUGGAGGCAAUCCUGCUGGAGGCAGAUACCCAGCAGGUGGUGGAUACCCAGCCGCAGGAGGCAAUCCUGCUGGUGGAUACCCAGCCGGUGGUGGAUACCCAGCCGCUGGUGGAUACCCAGCCGGUGGUGGAUACCCAGCCGGUGGUGGAUACCCGGCUGCAGGAGGCAAUCCCGCUGGAGGCAGAUACCCAGCCGCAGGUGGCUACCCUAACCAGUAUCCAGGCAGAGGUGGCACCAACCAGGGAGGAUACCCUAACCAGUACCCUGCUGCUGGCGGCUAUCCUAAUCAGUAUCCUGCAGGAGGUGGUUACCCAGUCAGAGGAGGAAAUACAGGGCAGGGUUGGGGUCAGCCUGGUGUAAAUCAAGGGGGUUACCCUGGUGGUUACCCCAACUGGAACCCGAACAAUAAGAUCCUCAGUCCCAGAUAUGGCGGAGGAGGCUAUGGAUACGGUAGUCAGGGGAUGGGAGGGUCUCCUUUCUCUCGUUCUGUGCAGAACAUGGGAUACCAGCCCAAGUCUACAGGGUUUGCCAAAAAAGCCAUGCUGGCAGCAGGCGUUGGUGCUGUGGCCGGAAUGGCCGUUGGAUAUGGACUGGGACGGUUCCCUCGACCACAUUUCAAUUUCCGCAACCCCGAGGAAGAGCAGUACUACAACAACUACAUGUACCAACGUUACGGCACCAAGUCCACAGAUGAAAAAGACUUUGGCCGUGACUACGUCUAUAAGCCUCCGCCUCGGGCAGAGUCCUACGAGACCUUCAUGGGUCGCUGCAUGAAUAGGACUGACGUUCUUAAAGACAGCAGCUCUCCCACUACCAAAGGUCAGGGUGGAGGUGAUGAGGAUAACGACACCGUCAGCAUCGAGGAGAUCGGAUACCCCGCCCUAAUUGAGCAAAUGAAGUCCAGGCGCUGUGUUGAGCAGUACAUGGACUACUCUUCCCGCUUCCUACAGGAGCGAAAAGCCGAGAAACAGUCCAGCCAACCAAACAUCGAGCACAGUCGCAGCAGCCCUCUGAGCUACGGGGUGACUCAGCUUUUCACUUCCCUCUCCAUGCUACUGUCCAGCAUGCUCCUUCUCCAGUAAGAACUAUUAGCGUUCCUCUCACUACACCCCAAAGGGAUUUUUACUUCCUCCACUAUAUCUGCACGUCAACAUGCUACUAAUGUACAUCAACUCCAACCACGGCUGUAUACCUGAAAGCUCUUUGCGUCAUAUUUAGUCAAUCAUUAUGUUAUAUAGUGUAUAUAGUAACUAAAGCAGUUGAUUUUAAGAGGCAGCAGUCUCUUUAAAAUAUUACAGUGAGAUCUACUGUUUUGUGUUGAACAAGUUGCACUUUUUUCUUUUUCUGUUAAUUGUUCCAAGAAUUUAUUUUGCACCUUUGUACUCAACAUUUUCAAACAGUGAAAACAGAACAGAGAUUCAGGGUAUUUAAGUUUAGUUUUGGACGACAAUUUAUUAUGACAAUAGAUCUGCUACUGUGUAAAAUAGGAAUGUGACAUUAAGAGUUAUAUACAUGUACAAAAACAUAUAAUAUUAACAUUAUAUUAUUAAUUCAACCUCCUCAGUAUGGGACAAUUCAAUUGACUGAUGUUCAGCUGGUUACCUUAUUGUUAAUCAAAAGGACAUUUUAUUUUAAUCAAAUAUAAGUAAAAGAGCAUUUAAGACUAGGUUUCCCAGUUAAAUUUGUAUACUUAUAAAUCGUAAAUUGACUGAAAUUUAUUUAAAGAAAUUUUAUUUUGACCCUUUAAAAAAGUGGGCUUUCAGAGCAGACUUUACUCUCACUUUUAGUGCAAGUUAUUUGUGAAAAAUGAGAGAUAAAUCUUGUACUCCCUAUAUGAUGAUGGCCCAGACGAGACCAUGUAAUGGUCUCAAGAUGAGGAGUGUGCAUGUUUUGGUACAAACACUUGGCCUAAAGCUGUAGUAUUUUCUGUAAACAAGCAUUAAGUCAUGACAUUGGUGGCUUAGUAUUCCACAAUAGUUAAACACUUAAUAAAACAAGUACAGGAUUGUCAUACUUCCUUCUCAGGUAUGUGAUACUAACACUAUUUGUUAGCUGCCUGUAAAAUCCUGGAUUGCAUGUAAUAGCCCUUUAACGGUAAGAGGGGGCAUCAGUAAACGUGUGUCCUUUUGAUGUGCAGCAAAUGUCGUCAUUAGUGGUGUCGUGGUGUCGCUACCUUGCCUGCAGCUGCUGAGAACAAUAAGUGCAUUUGUUGACAAUAGCGCCUGAUGCUUUUAGUCUGUGUAGUGCUCGCUUGGUGAAAGCUGGGAUUUACUUGAGGUUAUGAACCAAUGAAGUCCCGAACAAUGCAAGACUCUCGUACUAAACCUUUGCAUCUCAGCACUAACCCCUGCUUUAUUUCUGUACCUUACCUUACACCUCACACACAGUCUCUUAAUGUCACAUCUAUCAUCAGCCUGACUUAUGGCUAAAGGUUGCCUGGGAACAGUGGGAUGAUUUUUAUUUCCCCAUACCUUGUGUCAAACCUUGGAUUCUCCUUUAUGUUUUGCCAUGUUCAAGUGACGCUCUAACUUCCCGGACUUUCCAGCCAUAUUUUUAAGGCUUUUCCCUGGUCAGCACAUCUCUGUGUUGUCCCCCCAUCACUUGGAUCUUCCUCUUGCACAGAUAGUUAUAGGUCAGAUGUCAGUGGGUCUGUAAUUAUCUGUGUUUGCUUUUCCUGAACUCUAGCCUCCCCUGGCUGUCAUGGUGUGUAUCUCCAGGAAUGAAACAAUGUUCUCCUUUUUUCCUUUUUAAAGUCAGUUUAAUGGACUUUUAACUCUCAAUAGGUUUGUGGAGUUAUGUAUAGUGAAGUUUAUCUGUCUGUGUGAUUGUUUUUCUUUUACUACUCCGGCUUGUUUUCUUUUUUAUCUUACUGGUUUGUAACUUUGCACUUUGUAACUGUGUUUUGAAAAAUGCUACAUGAGUUAAGUUUGCAGGCUGUCUGAUACUAUUUAGGGGUUUUCACUCAUGUUAAAACUUUUUCAUUUCACUACUGGUGUAUUGAACUGAGUGUUAAGUCCACAGAACAAUGUUUAGUGUGUAAUAACUUUAAAGUUACUGAACUGUCCAGAUACUCCACACAUUGUACAGUGUAUCAGGAAGUGAUUUUUUGUAGUGACUGCCCCUUUUACUUUCUCCUUAUCCAUGUUCAUACUCCACCCAGGGUUUUUCCUGUUCCUGUUCUGUUCAUUCUGGCAGAAUGUUUUCAGUUGAUUUUAAAAAUUACACGUUCACAAUUUCAUACAAUUUAGGGUGUAGAAUAUCUUUAAAGUGCACUUAUGUCCCUUUAGGAUUAGAUAUUCUGGAAAUGUGUCAUUGAGCUCAUAUUAGGAUAGACAUCUGUGUCAAUAUUCUUCUUUGGACCUGCAAUUGUAAACACUUUCUGAUCAAAUAAUAUGACUAACAAGUUUUGUCAUGGAUGUUUCUGUGUUAAAUAAAAUAAGUAACAAAA